UUACUAGUUUUCCCCUUUUUACAUGUUUAAUAUUUUGCCUCAACUAUUUUCCAUGUUUUUCUCGUGUUAAACUGGAAUUUUCCAACGCAUACUCGGUUUGAAACUGAAUAUAGAAGGGGGAUUGUAGUAGGUUGACGUCUUUUUUUUUUAACCAGUAGGUUGAUGUUAGUAUAAAAAUUAGUAAUAUUGUGAAGAAUCUUGUAAUGAAUGGAUAUAGAGGAUUCAUAUAGCCUAGCAAAUUAAUUUAGGAUUGAGGUAUAAGUAAUUGAAUAAUGGGUUGUGUUUUAAAGUUCUUCAGGAUUUUAUGCUGUUGUAAGGAUUUGUGCGUGUUUGUAAAAAGAAAGUAGGUUGCCGAAGAGAUGAGCCAUAACUCUCUCUCUCUUUUCAGCUCUUUUUGCCUUAUGGAUGUGUUUCUCUUCUGUUCUGUGCUUUAUCAGUCUUAAACAAUCAGUUGUCUUCGUCAUAGAUAUGAUCAGAAGUGCUCCGACUCCCUCCUUAACCAACUAAAACUCUAGUCAAGCAAGUAUUGAAAUGCUUCAGUACAGAACAAUCAUAGAUUCUGGACUGACAACUCAACAGCUAUGCUAGAGUAUCUGCUACGCAUAACUUUUUCUCUGAUCAUCAAGUGCGUAUAUGAUAACUAAUCCAAAAUUGUCAUACUAAAUUCACUGUUGAAAGGUCGAACUUUAUUUUGCUAAGGUAGCUAUAGCUCAAUAUAACUCGGAUUAAUCCAUGGUGAUUAGAGUUGGCUGCUCCCUUUUUGACUUCAAAUUCUUCUGCGGAAAGCUUCUUUGGAUGGGUGACCUUUAAUCAAUUAAGUAUACCUCCGUGUCUUGCAAUUCCAUCAAUCUAAUUGCUGUUUCUGGAAUUUUUUGCGGCAUCACUAAUCAAGAACGUUAAUAGAAAGGGAUAUCUUUAAUUUAUAUUUCCUCAUUUUUGGCAUACCAAUGUUUGAAGACAUAGCUAUGACAAGUUAAAUGGUCUGGUUCCACUUAGUAGCCCAAAUCCACGCAUAUCGAGAAGGUGAGAACAUAUUUGGACAGAUGCACUACACAUAGCUCCUAGAGCAGGCCUUGAAGACUAUGAGCCCCACCUUCUGCGCACGAGCCGAAUGACGUAGGUGCACAAGAGUACUUUGUGCCACAACCGUCUCCUUUUUAUAGGUUCUACGGGCCGAUGCUUGCUGCAUCAUCUGGGAGAAAAGAAUCAUAGAUGUCUUUAUGAAUUGGAAGAGAAAGAAGCGGAACUACAAGAAAACUUUCUUUCUGGUUAUGGGGGGCUCAAACUCAAAGAUCAUUGCAGAAUUUUGAAAUUGGGGGUGAUCGUGAAAGAAUGCCUGAGCCAAUCAUACGUGCAUUCGGUAUUCUUAAAAAAUGUGCAGCCAAGGUGAACAUGGACUAUGGCCUUGACCAAUCUAUUGGAAAAGCAAUAAUGCAAGCAGCUGAAGAGGUUGCAGAAGGAAAAUUGAAUGACCAUUUUCCUUUGGUGGUUUGGCAGACUGGCAGUGGUACUCAAAGUAACAUGAAUGCUAACGAGGUUAUUGCAAAUCGAGCAGCUGAAAUACUUGGCCAUAAUCGCGGAGACAAACAUGUGCAUCCAAAUGAUCAUGUAAAUAGAUCGCAAUCUUCAAAUGAUACAUUUCCUACGGUGAUGCACAUUGCUGCAGCAAUGGAGCUAAAUAAAAGAUUAGUACCGAACUUGAAACAGUUGCAUACUUCACUAAAUUCAAAGUCGGUCGAAUUCAAGGACAUUAUCAAGAUUGGGCGAACUCACACACAAGAUGCAACACCUUUGACUCUUGGACAAGAGUUUAGUGGCUAUGCAACUCAAGUGAAAUAUGGAAUCGAUAGAGUCUUAUGCACCCUUCCACGCAUGUAUCAGCUCGCACAAGGUGGUACAGCAGUUGGGACAGGAUUGAAUACAAAGAAAGGGUUUGACAUAAAAAUUGCUGCAGCAGUUGCAGAGGAAACAAAUUUGCCAUUUGUUACGGCUGAAAACAAGUUUGAAGCAUUGGCUGCUCAUGAUGCAUUUGUUGAAACUAGUGGAGCCUUAAAUACUGUGGCUGCUUCCCUUAUGAAGAUUGGGAAUGAUAUACGCUUCUUGGGAAGUGGUCCCCGCUGUGGUCUUGGCGAGCUCAGUCUUCCCGAAAAUGAACCUGGAAGCAGUAUAAUGCCUGGCAAGGUAAAUCCUACUCAAUGUGAGGCUCUCACCAUGGUCUGUGCUCAGGUUAUGGGGAAUCAUAUGGCUGUUACUGUUGGUGCAUCAAAUGGCCAUUUUGAGCUGAAUGUCUUCAAGCCGAUGAUUGCUAAUUCUCUCCUACACUCAGUAAGAUUGCUAGGCGAUGCAUCUGCUUCCUUUGAAAAGAAUUGUGUGAGGGAUAUCCAAGCUAACAGAGAGAGAAUUGCAAAAUUGUUGCACGAGUCGCUCAUGCUCGUCACAUGUUUGAACCCAAAAAUUGGUUAUGAUAAUGCUGCUGCAGUUGCCAAGAAAGCCCACAAGGAGGGAACCAGUUUGAAGGAUGCUGCUCUCAAUCUAGCAGUCCUCACCAGUGAGGAGUUUGAUCAACUUGUAGUCCCUGAGAAAAUGAUUGGUCCAACUGACUGAUCAGAUUCAGUAGUUCGUUGAAAGGGGAGAGAGGACCAUGGAUGUGGUCUCACGGUCACGGGUGCAUCACACUUGCUUUUCCUGUCCAUCAAAUUCGACGAGGGAAAUAAAUAUUUGACACAAUUCUUGAGGUUUUCUCAUUCCUGGCAAUUUUUCAGUGUUUGACUGGGAAUGCCUCCAUUUUUGUAAUGAGUCCCUGAGCAAUAGCCCAAGUAAAUAAUGAACUGAAUUAUUUUUUAUGAGGUCGGGCCGUGAAUAAUGAAGGAGUCGGUUGGACUGUUAACCUAUCAAAUUAUGUGAACCUUGUUAUAGUAACUACAAAUGAGAGUUUGAACUGUUUGGAUAAAUCUUCAAAAUAUUGAGUUGAAACAAAACUGCAA